AUAUUAGUAAAUAUAAUAUGAAUUUGUAAUUUUUGUGUAAACUGUAACAUUAAAAUCUAUUAAUCAAAGUUUGUAAGUUUAGUUAAUAAGGGUUAAGGAAAGGUUGUUUUAAAGAUGACAACAAAUGUGCGCGCUUCUGUGUCGCAGAUAUUGCGAAACAAAGAUGAAGGUGGUGAUGAUGAGGAAGAACCAAAGAAAAAAUCUAGAGAGGACUGGAGAAAAGCUAAGGAGUUGGAAGAAGCGCGUAAGGCUGGAACUGCGCCAGCGGCGGUCGACGAAACAGGCAAGGAUAUAAAUCCGCACAUUCCUCAGUACAUUUCGUCUGCGCCAUGGUAUUAUGGCACAGCGGGCCCCACACUCAAGCACCAGCGGCCACAAGCCGACCGGGAGGGACAAUUCACUAAACUUGACACAUACUACAAUAAAGGAGUUGAUGCUACAAAAGUAGCAACAAAAUUUAGGAAAGGAGCUUGUGAAAAUUGCGGAGCAUUGACACAUAAGAAGAAAGAUUGUCUUGAUCGUCCCCGUAAGAUUGGUGCAAAAUUCACUAAUGCAGCGAUAGCACCAGAUGAGUUUAAUCAACCUAACCUGAACUUGAGCUAUGACGGCAAGCGGGACAGGUGGAAUGGCUAUGAUCCUGAACAACAUAAAGCUAUCAUUGAGGAGUACCAGAAAGUUGAGGAAGCUAAGAGGGAAUUGAGGGCUAAGAAACUUGAACAGGAUCCAACAGCAACCGAGGGUGAUGACAAGGAGGAAGAGGAUGAAGACAAGUACGUGGAUGAGGUGGACAUGCCCGGUACAAAGGUGGACUCCAAACAACGUAUUACAGUCAGGAACUUACGUAUCAGAGAAGACACGGCCAAAUACCUGAGAAAUUUGGAUCCGAAUUCAGCAUACUACGAUCCUAAGACUCGUUCAAUGAGGGACAAUCCAAAUCCAAGUGCUACCGAGUGCGAGUACGCGGGGGAGAACUUUGUGCGGUUCACGGGAGACACGCGGGCGCACGGCGCGGCGCAGCUGUUCGCGUGGGAGGCGCACGCCCGCGGCCUGGACGUGCACCUGCUGGCCGAGCCCACCAAGCUGCAGCUGCUGCAGCGGCAGUACGACGAGCGCAAGCAGCUGCUCAAGACGCAGGUGAAAGAGUCCGUGCUGGAGAGGUACGGCGGGGCGGAGCACCUGCAGGCGCCGCCGCGCGAGCUGCUGCUGGCGCAGAGCGAGGUCUUCACGCGCUACAACCGCGACGGCACCCUCGUGCAGGGGCCAGAGAAGCAGCUCGCCAAGAGCCAGUACGAGGAGGAUGUGCUGGUCAACAACCACACGACGGUGUGGGGCUCGUACUGGCGCGACGGUCGCUGGGGCUACAAGUGUUGCCAUUCCUUCAUCAAGAUGUCGUACUGUGUGGGCGAGGCGGGCAAGUCUGUGGUACUCGACGUGCCCUCACACAACAACGAGCUCGUAGAUAACAAAGAUAAAGAAAAAUCCGAAAAAUCAUCAUCGGAAUCCAGCGCAAGUAGCAGUAGUUCAUCUGAAUCUGAAAACGACACCAGAUCUAAGACGGAGAAGACGAGUAAGAAGAAGAAAAACAAAAAGAAGGCCAAGAAGAAAAAGAAGAAGGACCAGAAGAAGGAAAAGAAAUCAGUCGAUAAACUGAAGAAGGCCCUGGAGGAGGAGGAGAGAAAUCAGAAGCGCGCGGAGCACCUGCUGUCGGUGGACGAGCGCAAGCGGCCCUACAACAGCAUGUACGAAGUGCAGGCGCCCACCGACGACCAGAUGGAGGCCUACCUCAUGAAGCGCAAGCGAGAAGAGGACCCUAUGUCGCAGUUUUUGUAAAACAAUAACAAUAAAAGAGAUUG